UGUGUGUCUCCAGGCUGCGCGGGGGCAGCAUUACGCGGCGCGCCUGCGCAGAAAAACAAGGAAACAACAUCAGAGAAGAGUCAUUUAUCUGCUAAUGAUGGUGGAGAGCUCGCCGUCUCCGCUGCUCGAGAGAACGACUCACGGCUUCUGUACGCCUCUCCAUCAUCACUACUUUCUGUAUGUGGUCUGGGCUGUUGUUCCUAAUGUUUGGCUUCACACUGCUGGACUGACCUACUGGCCUCAGAAAUACUGGGCUCUGGCGGCACCCAUCUACCUGCUGGUCACUUUAAGCACCUGUCUAGUGCUGCUGUUUGGGGUGAACCUGAUGAACACGGCUCCGCUCGCAUCUGUGGACAACAUCACAGAUCACUACGCUAAGAGUCAGCGUGUGGACGAGGAUCAGGACGGAGUGAUUCCCAGACUCAGAGACGUUCCCAUCAGCGAAAUAAACCGCUUCUUUUACCUGGAUCCUGGCGCGCAGGGAUGUGUUUGCUCAGGGUUUAGGUGAUCAGAUCCAUCAGCCGCCUGACUGUCAGGUGACCCGUGACCCUCGGACAGACCUGAGGGACUCGCAUGACGAAAGCACUUUAAUAAAGCCCAGUGCUCAGAACAUGGAGCUUUAGCGUCUUCCUCAAACACCUAACUCCUGAUGUGGUUUGGGGUCAGACCGUGACCUCUGUGACCUCAGACUCAUCUCACUAUCUGCCAUCAUCUCGUCUCCUCUCGCAGACACGGCCCUCGUGAACAAACAGACGGGUGUCAGGUGGCCACUCACCUUUAACCUCUGACCCCGUGACCCCACCGCCGUCACACGGAGAAAAAUACACUACUGUUUGUUACUUUUAUUAAAUCAUUGACACUGUAAAAAAAAAUGAUCUGAUGAGUCAUGGCAACAUAUUUUUCUGUUACUU